GUGGAUUUUCUUUAGCCAGUUUGUGCCUUGGAUGCUACUUCCAAUUUUAGAUUACUUAAUCCAUUAUCUGCACAUCUCGGCAAUCUCACUGCGCGGUACACAAAGCGGUAGGCCGUGGUGGAACUUGUGGCAGAGGGCCUACAGGAGGAGAAGGAGGAGGAGGAGGAGGGGAGAUGGCACCGCCGCAGCGCGUCUGCGUGACCGGCGGCGGCGGGUUCAUAGCCUCGUGGCUCGUCAAGCUGCUGCUGUCCCGCGGUUACGCCGUCCACGCCACCGUCCGCGACCCAUGUGAUUCCAAGAAUGCCCACCUCAAGCAGCUGGACAAGGCCCCAGAGAAUCUGCACCUGUUCAAGGCCGACGUGCUCGACUGCGAGACGCUAGCACGUGCGAUUGAGGGGUGUGAGGGGGUCUUUCAUCUCGCCACACCAGUGCCUGAAGAUAGGAUUAUUGAUCCUCAGGCUGAGGUAAUGGCUCCUGCAGUGAAAGGCACUUCAAAUGUGCUAAAGGUUUGCUUGGCUGCGAAGGUUCAGAAAGUUAUUGUCUUGUCCUCCACUGCUGCUGUUGAUUUUAAUCCGAAUUGGCCUCAAGAUAGACUCAAAGAUGAGAGUUGCUGGUCAGAUAUUGAGUUCUGCAAAGAGAACGAGGACUGGUAUUCUGUUGCCAAGAUUGUGGCUGAACAUGCAUCCUUCGAAUAUGCACAGAAAAAUGGAUUGAAUGUUGUUACACUUUGCCCCACUUUGGUUUUUGGCCCAUUUUUGCAGCCUACGGUGAAUACCAGCAGCAAAUUUUUAAUCUAUGUGAUAAAAGGAGGUCCUGACAUCAUGAGCAACAAACUGUGGCACAUGGUAGACGUGCGUGAUGUGGCUAACGCCUUGCUUCUGGUGUAUGAGAAGGCGGAAUCAUCUGGGAGAUACAUUUGCGCGCCGAAUAGCAUCUGCACGAAGGAUUUGGUGGACUUGCUGAAGAAGAUGUACCCAGGGUACAACUAUGUGAAUAACAUCAUUGACGUGGAUCGUAAAGCACCGAUAACAUCCCAGAAGCUGAGGGAUCUGGGUUGGGAACCACGGGAGCUGGAGGAGACACUCUCAGAUAGUGUUGAAUGCUAUGAGAAGGCAGGUGUUCUGCAGGAUUCAGCUGGGUAUCCCUGCCGGCUUCCCCAUCUCUUCCGUCUGGCUGGUGAUCAGUGAGUCAACUGCCACGAGACGCUUGUAAGUCGUGUAAUAUCACCUUUCAGUCUCGCAAAAUCGCAAUAAUAACAAGGCACCAUGCCCCAGCUCCUCAGCUCUUCCGUUCCAGCCAUGGAGAACAGAAGCGGCAGCUUUGCAUUGUACAAGCUCGGGCGAGCGGCAUGGCCGCGAUCAUUAGCGGUUCUGUGGGCAAAGGCAUGAAAAGCUGGGCUGCGUGCUUUGGGGUCUGAAUGAUGUCCGGUAGUUAGCUUUCUAAUCCUGGCCUCCAAUCCAAUUCUCCAAAGUCUGUCUGGAACCGAGGUUUGUAAUACUGUUUGGUUUCAUUUUUCAAUUAGAAAUGGAGCCGGAGAGGUCUCUCCUCCCUGACCAUCUAAAACAAAAGUCUUAUAAUCUUUUCAUUUUUCUGUUUGUCAUGA